GAUCCUGCUCACUGUAGUGGUGAUCUUCCGUAUCCUGAUCGUGGCCAUCGUUGGAGAGACCGUGUACGAGGACGAGCAGGCCAUGUUCGUCUGCAACACCCUGCAACCCGGCUGCAACCAGGCCUGCUACGACAAGGCCUUCCCCAUCUCACACAUCCGAUACUGGGUCUUCCAGAUCAUCCUGGUGUGCACGCCCAGCCUCUGCUUCAUCACCUACUCCGUCCACCAGUCGGCCAAGCAGAAAGAACGGCGCUACUCCUUCCUCUACCCCAUCAUGGAGAGGGACUACGGGGGAAGGGACGGCACUCGUAAGCUCCGCAACAUCAACGGUAUCCUCGUUCAACAUGGCGGCGAUGGAGGAGGAGGAAAGGAGGAACCAGACUGCCUGGAAGUGAAGGAGAUCCCCAACGCGCCACGAGGCCUCACCCACUCGAAGAGCUCCAAGGUGCGCCGGCAAGAAGGCAUCUCCCGCUUCUACAUAAUCCAGGUGGUGUUCAGAAACGCGCUGGAGAUCGGCUUCUUGGUGGGUCAGUACUUCCUCUACGGCUUCAGUGUGCACGGGCUUUUCGAGUGUGACCGCUACCCGUGUCUGAAGGAGGUGGAGUGCUACGUGUCGCGCCCCACGGAGAAAACGGUGUUCCUGGUGUUCAUGUUCGCGGUGAGCGGCAUCUGCGUGGUGCUCAACCUGGCCGAGCUCAACCACCUGGGCUGGCGUAAGAUUAAAGCCGCCAUUCGAGGCGUUCAGGCCCGCAGGAAGUCCAUCUGCGAGAUCAGGAAGAAGGACAUGGCGCACCUGUCCCAGCCGCCAAACCUCGGACGCACCCAGUCCAGCGAAUCAGCUUACGUCUGAUGAUGAA